AAACAUCUGUUUCUCAAUAAUAAUAAAUAUUUGUCAAAGAAGUAUGUGGGCAUUCAAUAAUUUAUAAUAAAUAUAAAGUGACUGCUGUUUCUCGUCCAAAAUCCAAUACAAUACAGAUGCAUUGGACGUUUAUCAUAUAUAUAAAUUAAUAUAAUAUAAAUUAUAAUCGAUCCUGUAAUCUAGAAAUGCAUGCUAUAGUAUUAUAUAUUGAGGAUAUAUAAACUUCAAGGGUUAUAAUAAACUUGUAAUAAUGUGAAUGAGAUUAUAUUGUCAAAAAUUCUAUUAUUCAAAUAACAAAGUAAAUUUGCUUUAAGAACUUCAAUUAGCUAUAAAAUGCAAAUAUAUUUAUGAGAGAACAUAGUAGUGAGACACAGAAUCAAUGGAGAUGGAUCAAAAUAUUGCGCAAACUCUACUAACGCAAGGAGCUAAGCUGAUUUUAUUGGAUGUACCGCAAGGAACUGAUAUUGGCAUUGAUAUGAAAUCAUGGAAUACAGGGGGCAAUUUUAAGGGCAUUAAAAUGAUACCACCUGGGAUCCAUUUUGUGCAUUACAGUGCUGUAAAUAAACUUGGCGAGAUGGCACCAAGAAUUGGUUUCUUUCAUGAUUUCAAGAAAUGCGAAUUCUUAGUAAAAAGAUGGGACAGCAAAGAGGAAGAUAUCAGCUCAGAACCUGUGCCCGAAGAGACAAUUCAGAGAUUGAAGGAUAAUUUAAAAGAAUUGGAUAGAUAUUUAGGACCAUAUCCAUAUGAAAUAUUGAAACAGUGGCAAGAAUUAUCAAGCAGGAUCACCGAGUCUCUCGUGACAAGAUGUUCGCCGCUAUGCGGUUACGUACGAUCCGCUUUGGAAUUGGAGCCCUGCAACGAUGCUUCGAGGCCGCGUGGCGGAGAAUCCGACAGUAGGCGAAGAAAAUCCGGUCGACUAACGGUGGAAGACAAGGAGGAGGAGUUACUGCCGGAUUUGAAACCGAGACCUGGCACGGAGCUCAGACUCACGGAAAUACCGGACAAGCAUUAUCCCGACGAUGCGACUCCGAGCGAGAUAACGCGGCACUCUCUCGAUUCUAGUUACGUCUUACACGCUACCUUGAAGAAAUUACAAGAACCUGUCGAAAUCAUCGGGGAGAUACAGCUGACAUUCAUCUGCUUCCUAGUCGGUCAGAGCUUGGAUGCCUUCGAACAGUGGAAAAAACUUGUAUCGCUGAUCUGCGGCGUGGACAACGCGAUUCCUCAAUAUCGUUCUAUCUACAUGGAGUUUUUGCAAGUUCUGGAGACAGAAUUGUUAUACGUGCCUGAAGAAGUACUGUGCGACAUUGUAGCGAACAAUAAUUUCGUGUAUCACAAUCUGUGCAAGUUAUUCGGUAAUAUCGAAUCGAACUCCAAAGUGGACGGCCAAUUGAAAUUGUAUGCGAAACGCUUGCAGGAUCGAUUGACCACUAAGUUUCAAUGGGAUUUUUCAAAUUUGCUCGAAGAACCGGACGAUGAAGCACCUGUAAUCGUAACUCUGGAAUAAAUCAGAUUAAAUAGGUUAAUAGCUAUAAAUGAAAAUACGAUAUUGUGUUAAAUAUAACUUAUAAAUAAAUCUGAAUAAUUAGUGGAAA